GAGACUCGCGGCGGAGAUUUUUGCCGGGCUGAGCCUAACCUGGAGCGCCGUUUUCUGGUUGAAUAUUGUUGUUCCCAAAAUGAUGUCACAGCUUAAGUUCUGUUCUCGGAGAUCUCCAGUAGUUUGCAGUAGUGGUUGUGUUGCAUCAAGCCAGCCUCUUGCAACAAACGUUGGCCUUGAUAUUUUAAAGAAUGGCGGCAAUGCUGUAGAUGCUGCUGUGGCUGUAGCAGCUGCUUUAAACGUUACUGAACCAUGCAGUACUGGCAUAGGUGGAGAUUGUUUCUGCCUCUACUAUGAUGCAAGUACAAAGCAGGUCCAUGGUCUCAAUGGAAGUGGUCGGUCUCCACGGUCCCUAAAUCUUGAACUGCUAAAAGAACAUGGCUUCAGUGAGGCAAAUCCUCCACCUCUACUACAUGCACAUAAUGUCACAGUACCCGGUGCUGCAGCUGGAUGGUGUGAUGCUGUUGCAUUAUAUGGCAGCAAAAAGCUUUCCAUGCAGCAGAUUCUGCAGCCAGCGAUAGAAAUGGCUGAGAAUGGCUUUCCAGUGUCAGAGAUUGCUUCUUACCAUUGGAAGGACAAUAUUCAUGCUCUUCAGACUCCUGGAAACCAACAUGGGAAGGACCUACUGAUUGAUGGCCAAGCGCCUGAUCAUGGCCAAGUCUUCCACAAUCCGUGUUUGGCAAACAUUUUUAAGGAGUUGGCAAAAUCUGGCAAAAAAGGUUUCUAUGAAGGCCAUGUGGCCAAAGCUAUUGUGGAUGCUAUUCAAAAUAAUGGUGGAGUAAUGGAUUUAGAAGAUCUGAAAAGCCAUGUCACUGAAGAAGUCGAACCUAUUGUCACAAAUUACAAGGGUGUGAAUAUUUGGGAAAUCCCUCCAAAUGGGCAAGGAAUCACAACUCUACUAGCCCUGAACAUUUUAGAAAAUUUCAACGUGAAAGAAAUGGGUCAUAAUUCUGCUCAGUACUUACAUGUUUUAAUUGAAGCCAUCAAAAUCAGCUUUGCCGAUACUUUGUGGUUCUGUGCAGAUCCAGAAAAAACAUCAGUACCUACAACAACACUUCUUUCAAAAUCUUAUGCCAGAGAUCGUUCAAAGCUAAUUGAUUUACAGAGAGUGACUGCCAGACAUAAGCAUGGAAAUCCUUUCCUGGUUGGAAGUGACACUGUUUACUUCACAGUAGUGGAUGCCAAAGGCAAUGCCUGCUCUUUCAUUAAUAGCAACUAUAAGGGAUUUGGUACAGGGCUGGUACCAGAUAGCUGUGGAUUUACAUUACAUAACAGAGGAGCCAUGUUUUCACUAAUACCUGAUCACCCAAACUGCCUGGCACCCGGGAAGCGGCCAUAUCACACAAUCAUACCUGCUCUGGCUACUGCUGCAGAUUCAGGGGAACUUUUGUGCUCCUUUGGAGUAAUGGGUGGAUUCAUGCAGCCACAAGGACAGGUGCAGAUAUUAUUCAACAUGUUGGAAUUUGGGAUGAAUCCACAAGAGGCUUUGGAUGCUGCUCGUUUUUUUGUGGAACUUAACCAAAAAUCAGAUGCAUGGUAUGCGUUCCUGGAAGAUGGCAUCCCUCAAUAUAUUACAGAAGAAUUGAAAGCCAUGGGUCAUGCGGUCAUGCUGCCUGUAACUGGGCAUAGGAGGAGCAUAUUUGGACGAGGUCAAAUUAUCACCAAAGGAGACUGGUGGAGGCAGAGCAAGCUGGCUUCUUCCAAUGAUGUAUUCUGGGCUGGCUCUGACCCUCGAGCUGAUGGUUGUGCUAUGGGAUACUAGCACUGAAGAAAACAUUGACUGUGAAAAUCAAAUUCCUACAUGUCUCAAAAUGACAAUAUGCUAGAAGAAUGGAUCAAAAUCUGUUUGAUCCAUCACCAUAGCUUGAUGAUUUGCAUGCAGAGAUCUCAGAUUCAGUCAUAGGUUUCUCUGCCUGUGGCUUGGAGAGCAGCUCGGAUGUUAGUCAGGUUAAAACCAGAGGUGCAGAAGCUGAGGUUCAAGGCCAGAUCUGGCCCGCCUGGGGAUUCCCCAAGUGGCUCUGUCCCACCCCUUCCCCCUGAUCAAUUUGUGGUUUCCAGGUUUUGAGUAAUCCCCCCUUCUAUUCUAAAAGGUUGAAAAGCCUCUCUUAAACCUCAGUAGCUGGCAGUAAUACCUUUAAGCUAAAAUAUGAUAAUAUUUUUGGCCCCAUCUCUUCAGCUUUCAUUCCUCCCCACUACUAGAAUGCAGACCCCGAGAGCUCCUCGAAAAUAACAUUUGGCCCUUGGGCUGAAAGAAGUUCAACAGCCCUGUUUGUCCUGGCUAGGUGUGAGUCCCAGGAGAAGCAGACGGCACCUCAGUGUUCACUGUUUGUUCUGGGCUGUGCUAAGCAAGGCUGCAUCUUGGAGAGCAGAGUGCAUGAAGUGCAGAUUGGAGAGGUCUCCUAUGAGGAGCUCUUGUUCCAGCAAAGGAUCGCAGUCAACUGAAGCCUUAAGAAGGCUGGCACAGCCUGGUGUUUCAGUGGCUCCAUCCCUGCUUGAUAUUGUCUGCAGUUCUUAAAGGCCUGUCUUCCGUUUCUGCGAUCUCAUGCUCUUGCAUGACUGAGUGACAGGAGAAGGUGCGGAGAGUCAUCCACAGCAUAAGGUGUCGAGAGAGCAAUGCACUCUUGCCAGGAAGGUAUAGAAGGGAGUGCUGAGGGGACUUGUGACUAGGGAUGCUGGAGAAAUUCGAGACGGCCUAAAAUGAGUUCCGAUUUUUAAGAAUCUGACCUACAGAAUCUGCUGCGGGCCAAACUCCCCAGGCUGCACAGAGUCCACGGACUUCCGGAUUUUUUUUUACUUACCCGAAAUUUUUUGCAAAUUCAUUCACAGGAAAACACGCGAGUUUCUGCUGAAGCAUAUGUCAAACUGGAAAAUAUACGUGGGGAAAAGUCAAAUAGAAUGAGGAAAGAAUAUGCUAAAUGUUAGGUACUAACAUAAAUCAUGUGAAUUGUUGUGAACUUUCUUAUGGAAUUAUUUGCAUGUUUUUCUAUAUAAUGGAUUUUUUUUUUAAAAAAAUCCUUCUGUAAAUGGACGCCGGAAUGAAUGAAACUGCACAAUUUACGAAACACACUUGGAGUGGAUUUCACAAAAUCCAGACAUCCCUACCUAUGACCCAGUUGAAUCCAAGUCCUCCUCAGGGUAGUGUGGAGCCUUGCAACCAAGACACAUGACACUACUGCACAGUACUGUGCAAUUCAAUAAAUUGGAUAGAAUCGGCAUAAGACACAUCUUUACAUCUUUAUAUAUAAUUGUUUUUUUAAACCGAAAAAUGAAAAAAAUAGUGUGUGUGUUUGUGUGUGCUUUUACAAGAGAUUUUACCUUCAUGACAAAUAUUUAAACAUCUAAAAAAAACAGGAGA